AUGUUGGGCAGACGCCUAAAUAUUACAUCAUUGAAAUAUAUAGCGAAACCAAAAACAAAUUUUGUCAAUGGUAAUCGUCAAGUUUUAAAAUCAAGUAUUCUCCCAACAUCUUUGAAAUUUAUUACUGGAGUUGCUUUAGCAGGAAUUGGAGGUUAUUAUCUUUAUGAUUCACGUUCCUCCAUUCAUGAAUAUGUUAUAUGUCCACUCAUAAGAACUUUUACUACUGCCGAGCAAGGUCAUAAAUUAGGUAUAUUUUUAAUGAAAUAUGGUAUUGCACCAAAACUAUUAGAUGAAGGUAUAAAUGAUCAAAGUGACGUAUUAGGGGUAGAUGUUUUUGGUAAAAAAUUAAAAAAUCCAAUUGGUUUAGCUGCUGGAUUGGAUAAAGAUGGUGAUGCUAUUGAUUCAUUGUUCAAUUGUGGGUUUUCUUACGUUGAAAUUGGAUCAAUUACUCCUGAACCACAACCUGGUAAUCCAGAACCAAGAUUUUUCAGGUUACCAAGAGAUGAUGCUGUUAUCAAUAGAUAUGGUUUUAAUUCUACUGGUCAUUUCAACGUACUAGCCACUUUAAAGAUCAGGUUUCAUAAACUAUUAAGCAAAUUUGAAAGAAAUCAUACCCCAGAAGAAAAACCUUUUUCAAAUGCAUUUCAACAAGGUAAAUUAUUAGGUAUAAACUUGGGUAAAAAUAAAACCGGAGAUGAAGUUGAAGAUUACGUAAAAGGUGUAUCAAGGUUAGGUCCAUAUGCUGAUGUUCUAGUUAUAAAUGUUUCAUCACCAAAUACUCCAGGUUUGAGAGAUUUACAAAGUGAAACAAAAUUAACAAAUUUAUUAACAACAGUCGUGAAGGAAAGAAAUGUUUUAGGUAAAAACUUAUUAGGUUCAAAACCUCCCAUUUUAGUCAAAGUUGCACCAGAUUUAACAGAACCUGAAAUUGAAUCAAUUGCAAACUCAGCUAAACAGGCUAAAGUUGAUGGUAUUAUCAUAUCUAAUACAACUAUCCAAAGACCUGAGAAAGACUUAUUGACAUCGGAUAAAUCAUUAAUUAACCAAACUGGGGGUCUUUCAGGUAAACCACUAAAACCGUUAUCCUUAAAAGCAUUAACAUUGUUGAAUAAGUACACGAAAGGAUCAGGUUUGGUUCUAGUUGGUUGUGGCGGGAUUUCAAAUGGUAAAGAUGCUUUAGAAUUUGCAAAAGCUGGAGCUACAUUUAUUGAAUUAUAUACUGCAUUUGCUUAUAAAGGUCCAGGAUUAGUUGCAAAAAUAAGAGACGAAUUAGCUUCAGAAUUAAGAAAAGAAGGUAAAACAUGGCAACAAAUAGUUAAUGAAAAUAAAUAG